CCAGUGAAUUCUCACAAGCUUGAGCAUUAGAGUACGUAGGUAGUCCAUUAUGGCUACAUCGACCAGCGCCGUGCUCUGUUUCUUCCUCUUCCUCCUCCCUCUCUCCAUUAACGCCGCCACCUUCCAGAUCGUCAAUAGCUGCUCCUUCACCGUCUGGGCCGCAUGGGCCACCACCGGCCCUCGAGCAGGCGGCGGUAACCAGCUCAACCCGGGUCAGUCCUGGACCAUCAACAUUAACGCCGGCGCCACUGGCGGCCGCAUAUGGCCCCGCACUGGGUGCUCCUCCGACGGCAGAAACUGCCAGACCGGUGACUGCGGGAUGCUGCAGUGCCAGGGCUACGGCCGGCCGCCCAACACCCUCGCCGAGUUCGCCCUCAACCAGUUCAACAACCUCGACUUCUUCGACAUCUCCCUCGUGGACGGGUACAACGUGGGUAUAGACUUCAGCCCCACCAGUGGCGGGUGCCGCGGGAUCCGGUGCUCCGCCAACAUCGUGGGGGAGUGCCCGGCGCAGCUGAGGACGCCGGGGGGCUGCAACAACCCCUGCACCGUGUUCGGGACGCCGCAGUACUGCUGCACCAAUGGACCGUGUGGGCCCACGGAUUUUUCAAGGUUCUUUAAGACGCGGUGCCCGGACGCCUACAGCUACCCGCAGGACGAUCAGACCAGCACGUUUACCUGCCCUGGUGGCACCAACUACAGAGUCACCUUCUGCCCUUGAUCGACGUGAUGCAUGGGGGCAUCAGUCUAUAAUUAGUAUAUAAGACAAUAAGAUUUACAAGGAUCUAGCCAAUUCGACACGUUUCUAUAUAUAUAUAUAUAUAUAUAAUCAUGGAGAAUAAAACAUGUGUGCUGAAUUACUAGCGUGAGGUCGAUCUGUUCACGCCUGUACCUGCUAUCCAUCAAUAAAUAUAAUGAUUAGAUCGCCAUCGAUAUGAUAAUAACUUCUAUCUUUGUUUUCCUUA